GAGCCCGAUGCAGGGCUGUACUCACGAACCUGGGAGACCAUGACCGGAGCCAAAGUCCGAGAGUUAACAGACUGAGCCACCCAGGCGCCCCCAAGUCUUCUUUCUUUCAUGCACACACUGGGCUCUCCUUAAGAGGAAUUUGGCAGAAUGCUAUUUUCUCUUCUCCAUCCUGCAGCACCCCCCCCCUUCCUUCUGGGGUGCUCUUGUCAGCAAAAGCUGAUGGGGAAGUGAAGCCUGGGACUAGAGGAAAAGCGAAUAAGGGGAAAGGGGAAGUCUGGGAGGGAGGCCUCAGAAAAGGCUGAUGGGAGAGGAGACAGAGAGGGCGCCAGCUUAGUCUGUACCCACCAGUCCACCGGCCUCUCCAGCAGCUGCUGAGCUAUGAGCCACACCAGAGAUUUACAAGGAGGAAAAGCCUUCGGGCUGCUGAAGGCCCAGCAGGAAGACAGACUGGAUGAAAUCAACAAGCAAUUCCUGGAUGAUCCCAAAUAUAGCAGUGAUGAGGAUCUGCUCUCCAAACUGGAAGCCUUCAAGAGGCUUGGUUAGCAACUCCUUUCUCAAUCCCCUGCCGUGCCCCCUCCCGAGGACCCUCCAGCCAGCGCUGACCCUAUCUGCUUUCUCCCCUCACCCAGAGAAAUACAUGGAGUUUGACCUGAAUGGAAACGGAGAUAUCGAUAUCAUGUCCCUGAAGCGAAUGCUGGAAAAACUUGGGGUCCCCAAGACCCACCUGGAGCUGAAGAAACUAAUCAGGGAGGUGUCCAGCGGCUCUGGGGAGACUUUCAGCUACUCUGACUUUCUCAAGAUGAUGUUGGGAAAGAGAUCUGCCAUCCUAAAAAUGAUCCUGAUGUACGAGGAGAAAGCAAGAGAACAGGAGAAGCCAGCAGGUCCCCCAGCCAAGAGAAAUAUCUCUGAAUUGCCCUGAUUUAUGGUAGGGGAGAUGUGGCGGGAUUGAUGAGGUUCCUAAUCACCCCAGCAUGGAAAAAGAACACAGAAUUGUGAGCCACAGUUACACUAAAUUAAAUAAACUAUCCUCCUUCUCCAGA